AACUUUAGAAUUAUUCGCUAAUCGACAACUCGCGGACUUUUAUUUCCGGCACACAAAAGUCUCCUCGCUAGUUCCUCAUUUUCUAGACGCUCAUUGGAUAAAAGCGGGUCACGUGAUAUACACUAACGCGGAAAUGAAUCACUUGUGGUGUCGGCUCGAGCGAAGGUUUGAAUUAAAGUGUGUAGUUUGGGGAGAAUAGCAAUAAUAGAGAUCAGAUUUAUAUUUAAAAAAUGCAUGCAUCCUUACUUGUUUUACAGUAGACUGAAAUGUUAAAGCGUUAGGUUUAGUUGAACAACUACUACACGUGCUCACCAUGUGGUCAAACCCAAAACACAGCCAUUCAAGUAUUAUAACAUGAUGACCCAUUAUAUAAUUCCCAUAUGCGGAAAACACAUCUAUACAGUUCAUAUGCACAGGUUUAAUUAUAGUUGAAGCCAUGGAUUGGAAUACAGAGGGAAGCACCGAGGCUGAUGAGAAAUCUCCGGAAAGCAGGGAGGUUGUGAUGGUGAAAAGUGAUGGAGAAAAGGUUGAGAAUCAGACUGUAACCAUAAGCAUGUGUGGAUCUACGCCUUUGCUGUGGAGGGUGGCUGAAAUCAAGAAGUGUCGAGAAGAGGUUGGGGUGAUCGGGUCUCUUGUGGGGUCUUUGGCAAGACAGCCAAGGCAAAAUGUCAGAUUGGGAAGACCUCUAGAAAUUCUCCAGGAAGAGGCCAGGCUGCUGGAGGAGACUGGAAAGGCAACUGCUUUAAAACAUAAAGAGCUCUCUGAACAUAAAGAGAGUCGUUCAGAUGCAGUUAAGUUGUACCACGCCAGACUUGAGCGGAGUUAUGUGGAGCAGUGUUCGCUUGCCCUGGAGGACAAGAAGGCUGUACUACAAAGAGUAAUAAAUGAGAAACAGAAUGAUCACAAGGGUAAUGCAGGAGCAGAGCAGGCGGUAAGAGAGCGACUUGAAUCUUUGGAAAAGAGCUUCUCAUUUCCUCGUUCUGCCAUGGCAGUCCAACUCUGCACUGCUCGGGCCGGCUUCAGUCACUGUCCUGAGGAACAUGCUUUUUUGGCUGCCGAUUGGCCAAGACUUAGAGACAAGCGCUCAGAGACGAGGUUCCAGGUUUAUAAGGAUCUUAGGAGUAAAGGCUUCUACCUAACUGCAGCAGGGAAGUUUGGAGGAGAUUAUCUGGUCUAUCCAGGUGAUCCUCUCCGCUUUCACGCCCACUUCAUUGCCCUGUGUUUGCCUAUGGAUGAAAAGUUACCGGUUUGUGAUGUUCUUGCUAUAGCAAGGCUUGGAUCCAAUGUAAAGAAAACAGUGUUACUUUGCUCACCACAGGACAUCAGUGAGGAAGAGGAAGUAGGAGAAAAGGUUGUGUAUUCAUCUCUGCAGUGGAGUGGAAUGGUAUAGCAUGCAAAAGAACAUUUGGGGAGCUGUAGGACUGAGCCUGUUUGAGGCAUGAAUAUUUACUAUAAAAUUAAAUCUUUUCAAUUUUAUAUCACUUGUCAUUUUUUUUCAGUUUGUUUUAGAGCAUACCCUAAAGCAAUAUUUGGGUUAACCCAAUAAAACCACAUGUAUGAAAAAUCCA